AUGGCGCCGACGGCUGCGGCACUCUCGCUCGACGCGGCGGUCGGCUACUCUCUCGCCGCGAGCCUCGCGUACUCGCCGCCCGCCGAGCUGCGGCGAGGCAGCGGCGGCUACCAGCAGCGCCUCGCACCCCGCCUCGCCUUCUCGCAGCAGGUAGAGGUCGACCGUCUGCGCGCCAGCGCGACACUCUUUGAGAUGGAGGAGCAGGACGGCGUCUGCGUCGCCUUUCGCGGCUCCACCGACCUGAAAAACUACCUGUCCAUGUUCAACCUCUUCUUCGAGCCGAGCCGACUGGGCACCGCAAAAGGCGGGCGCGUGCACCGCGGCUACCAGGAGGCGUCGCUCGAGCUCUACGACCGCCUCUCGCCGCUCCUCGCCAGUCGGCAGCCGCAGCGCCUGGCCUUCAUCGGCCAUUCGUACGGCGGAGGCACCGCCACCCUGUGCGCCCUCGCGCACGCCGAGGCUGGCGGCGAGGCUGGCGGCGAGGCUAGCUCCGUCGACGAGGUGGUCACCUUUGCGGGCCCUCGGGUCGGAGACACACAGUUCGCCAUGCGCUACGACGAGCUGCUCGGAGAGCGGACCACCCACUACGUGCACGACCUCGACCCCGUCCUCGCGCAGAACCAGCCGCUCUGGAACGCGCUCGGCUUCGUGCACACGGGCCGCCGCGUCCGCUGCGCCGCCGCCGAGCCACGGCUGCUCGCCGACGGCGACCCAUCGCUCGGCGCGCCGCUGAACUUUGCCGACCACGGCCGCUACCUCGGCACUGUUCUCGGGCCCAGCCCGGCCGGCUGGGGUCAGGGGUAGACUGAGGAAGUCCACUGAGGUACACCGCGUGCGUCGAGACACAGAGAGGCGAUCCGAGCACGCGCAGCCCCGAGCGACGAGUCAUCAGUCGUGCGACGUGUUGCGGUUUCACUAUUCACAGAGUAAA